AUGAAGACUACACUCGCCAUCGCCCUUCUCGCCUUGAACGGCUGGACGGCAACUGCUCUACCCAUCCACCAUUAUGACGACGCCGAUAUCUCAGCUGCAGUCGCAGCACCCCUCCACACUACCUACGACCAUGCCAGAUCCUUCCCGGCAACGACAAAGUCCUCUUCAACCAAGAAACAUGCUCCUCAUUUUCUGGAGUGGAUCACCAACGACCAUCCUGAACAGGGAGAUGCGCUCCGACACGCCGCUGAAGCGCACCGAGAAUCGCAUCGCAGCAGCAAGAACUGGUCAGGCCGAGCCCGGAAAAUGAUCAACACAUGGUCCGCAUUCUACGGCAUGGAAUACCCAGCCAAAUACUCCUCCAAACCAACAUCCUUUGACAGUGGUAACGACAACUCCAUUCAAGAUGAUGUCUUGGUUGUAGGUGAUGCAUGCGGCGUCAUCGUCGAAAACUCCGUUGAUGGAGAUACAUCAUUAACCAUCAUCCCAUGUCCUCCCACCAAGCCAUCAAAUAACCGGCCACACCGACCAGGCUACUUCGAACAACUACGUCGCAACCUCGCGACUAUGGAUAUAGCCAUGAUUUGUAGUAGAUAUGGCCCUGAACUCGUCGCGCUCUGCAUCUUCCUACUUGUUCCUAUGUCUGUUGCUCUGGUCGAAAUUGUGGAUACACUUCAUGACAAGAUCAUCACCGAAAAGUUCCCCGAACGGGGCCGUGGACGAGUGAGGUUGACGGGUCCCGAGAGGAGGCUGAGUGUGCUUGCGAAGUGUGAGAGGGAGAAGAUGGUGAGGGAUCAGGCGCAGAGGUCGUGGGUGAAUUCGAGGCGGGGGUCGAGACAGACCUCUGACUGA